AUGGCAUUGGUACCUUUCCGAUUAUCGCGGCCGAAUAAUGGCCGCAAACUAAUGUUGGCAUCAAUUAUCUGUAUCUUCUUCCUCUGGUUCUACCAUUCCUUCGAUCAUCCAUCAUCUUACAGCUCAGUGCGAGUUCCAUGGUCUGCUCCACCUUCAGUUCCACAAGAUACAUCUUCAGAACAAUGGCUCGAAAAGGCAGAUAUCUUCGACGAUCCACCGCUCGACUCUGAAGCUAUCCGAUCGGUUUGUGCGAAAACAGAAUGGAACGCGAACUUGACUUUCACAUGCAAUAAUUCCGGCGGCGGGGUGGGAAAUCAACGGAACUCGAUCCUCAAUUGUCUUCGCUAUGCUAUCUCAGCUGGUGCGAGUAUGACUAUGCCACGCAUGAUUCUGCGGAAUCCAGCCAAUAUUGCAGAUAUCUGGAACAGGGAAAGGACAUCCUUCGACUACCUAUUCGACGAACCGCACUUCGUCGAGUCUCUCCGUCUUUCCUGUCCACAGCUGCAGAUCCUCAAGGAGCUCGAAUCAAAUGAUACGAAACCAAUUUUUGUCACGCCGGAGAAGCUCUCGCAGGAGAUUACGCCGGAGGGGAUUGAUCACCCGGAGCAAUGGAGGGCGAGGUUCUAUGGCUGGUUGAGAAAUACGACGGAUGUGCAGAAGCCUGUGAUUGAUCUUGAUAGGUCGUACCUGCAGUAUCCAAUAUACUCAGACCCUGAGAAAUUCGCGCUGGAUUUCGGGAAAGUGCUCAAGUUCCGUCAGGACACACGGGUGGUUGCAACGACUACGUUGCGCAACCUGGUGCGCAGGCAUAAUCUUCAUGCAGACUUUCGCAAGCCGAUCUGGAACCAUACCUUCUUUGGAGUGCAUCUGCGGACCGAGAGAGACUCUCAACAAGGUUGGCCUCCGUCGCUGUACGAAUACUCCAAGUACGAGACCCAGUCCACGUAUUACUUGAAGCAAGCAGCUGCGUCGGGCACCUCUGUCAUGUACGUGGCAUCCGGAAACGUGGACGAAAUCGCUAGAUUCGCCGAAGAUGCAAAAGCAUACAACCUGACCGUGACGACCAAACACCAGCUACUGGAAGGAGACAAUAAGAUGAAGCUGGAAGCUUUCACCUUCGAUCAGCAGGCUCUAGUGGACUACCUCGUUCUACUAAAAUCGUCCGAUUUCGCAGGUGUCGGCCAUUCGAGCUUUGCCUGGAAUAUUGCCCUUUGGAGACACCAAUUGGCAAAGCAGAGGGAUCAUCUUAAUGGGCCGCAGCUGAUGUCGGAUGAGUUGAGUCAGGUAUAUGGGACUGUGAGGCAGUACCUGGAAUACGCUUGUUGUCUAUGGCCCUGA